AUGACCCUUGCCCCACGAGCCCGUCUUAACUGUAUUGAACAGGCGUGGGCAUACAUCGAUCGAAUCCUGGAUGGUCCGGACGGCCUCAAAGUUCUUUUGUGCGAUGACGCAACCCGCAAUAUUAUAUCUGUGGUGUAUUCGCAACAUCAGCUGCUUCAACAUAAUGUGGUGCUUGUGGACAUGCUGAGCAACCGGGAACAUUACCCAAUGAAGCACCUUCACUGUAUCAUAUUUUGCCGACCGUUACCGUCCUCGUUGGCCUGCGUGUAUCAGGAACUGGCGGAGGGCAACUUUGCCUCCUUUUCCCUUUACUUUUCACACCUACUAGAAUCGAAUAUUGUGCAGUCUUUGGCAAAUGCUGAUCUCUUAAACUUGACAAGAGCCCUCAAUGAGGUUUAUUUGGACUCCGUGCCCCUCACAGAGUACGUGGCUAUCGCACAGCUAAAGCCCACAGCUCUGCAUUCGAUGGCCGGUCCCAUUGUGAACCCUAUCACCUACUCACAAUGGGAUAGCGCGUCGUUAGAUCGUAUGACGGAGGCUAUUGUAAGUCUCAUGUUGAUGACAAACCGUCGCCCUGCCAUCCGUUAUCGAGGAGGGAAUAAAGUCUCAGAGAAGCUGGCGAAGCUCGUGGCAGGCAAGUUGAAAACAGUGCAUCAAAGUUUUCCAGACCUCAAAGCGAAGGAGUCGGUGCUUGUGAUUCUAGACAGGAUGGAUGACCCGGUUACAGCUCUCGUCAUGCCAUGGACCUAUGAGGCGAUGAUACAUGAAAUUAUUGGGUUUCAAUAUGGAAACGAGGUCACCAUCGACGACCCGGAUGCUAAACCUGAAGAGCGUGUGCAUGUUCUUACGGCGCACACCGAUCCGUUUUUUGCUCAGCACCGCUACGACGAUUAUGGGCAGGUGUGUAUUGCGGUGAGUGAGUUAGUGAAGGCCUACAAGGCCCUGAACAACUUUGAUAGGAACAAUGUGUCAUUGGACGAAAUUAAAAGCUUUAUGAGUCGUUUUCCUGAGGCACGUAAGCAAUCGGUGCAGGUGACACGACACUGCGGUCUGGCGAGUCAGUUGGUAACGGAGGUGAAUGGACGUAAUUUAACGCAUUUGUCGGUCUUGGAGCAGGAAAUGUUAACUUCCAGUAACGUCGCAGAACACUCCAGGCAAAUGAUGGAUAUUGUACAGGAUCCGAAGACGGACAUUGACGACGCCCUGCGCAUGGUGAUGCUCUACGCUCUACGGUAUGAAAAGGUGAAUGGGAAUAACAUUGCACAAUUAAAGGAAAUGUUAGAGAAACGCAACUGUCCGGUGGGCAGAAUUUCACUCAUCGAUCGCGUGCUGGAGUACGGAGGGGCGGAUAAACGGCUGCAUCAGCUGUUCCGUGUGUCCACAGGCCACAUGUUGAAGAUUGCUGCUAAAGCUGUGGGCCACUUUGGAAAAGAUAUUCAGAAUAUCCUGACACAGUACGUUCCCCUCAUGAAAAAGCUCAUCAAUAGAGUUUACAAUGGGACGCUGUCGGAGGAGAAAUACCCUGUACAGGAGGUUGAGGGCGCUCCCAUUGCAGCCUCAGCCGUACCUACCAUCCGUGCGAAGGACAUUAUUAUUGUGAUGGUGGGCGGUGUAACAUACUCGGAGGCAAUGCUGUUGCACCAAAUUAAUCAAGGCCAGGUGCCCAAUAACGUGGAAUCCUUGAUGAAUUUGGGUAAAAAUGUGACACGCUUUGUGAGCGGUGAUCCCAGCGCUAACGCCGCGUCAAGUGAACCAUACUCCGAGAAUAUUGAGGCUCGUGUCACGCUGCUCUCUACCAGCAUGAUUGAUUCAAAGGACUUCAUCCACUCAUUGCCGUCGUAA